CACCUGUCAGUUCUUUUAGCGACCGUUGCGGAAAGUUAAAAAUCAGCGUGAAACGUUUGGGGUUGUUUUUGCUUUGCAGCUCUUUUAAUUGAUCGUUUUCCUGCUCGAGCAUCGUAUCUUUGUUUUACUUCGAAGGGCACGAAGCCAAUCUACUUCCAAUUCCUCCAUUGGCAACUAUACCACUCAUCAUGCAUUUCACCACGGUGCUAUACUACGGCCUGGCCGCGUUGACCCUCACCCAUGCUGCUCCAAUCGUCGGAGACUCCUCCAGACGCGAAGUAGCCGAUGGGGAUGACAAGGUCGCCUAUACUUGGGCUGUGCCGGAGAGUCGCAAACGAGAGGAUGGCGACGACAAAGUGGCCUACACUUGGGCUGUGCCGGAGUCUCGCAAGCGAGAAGACGGGGACGAUAAGGUCGCCUACACCUGGGCCGUACCGGAGAGUCGCAAACGAGAGGAUGGCGACGACAAAGUGGCCUACACCUGGGCUGUGCCCGAGUCUCGCAAGCGAGAAGACGGGGACGAUACGGUCGCCUACACCUGGGCCGUACCGGAGACUCGGAAGCGGGAAGAUGGUGACGACAAAGUGGCCUACACCUGGGCUGUACCGGAAUCUCGCAAGCGAGAAGACGGGGACGAUAAGGUAGCCUAUACCUGGGCUGUGCCUGAAUAAAAGAAAGCGACACCCCCCCAAAACUGAAAUGAACUCUUCGACCUUGCCGAGGCGGACCGCAGCAGCUUUCGGCAUAUGUUCCACGAUGUGAUGAAUCCUCCUGUCUCUAAACUGAACCCGAGUUUAGUAUGUUGAUAAUGAUCUUAUAUAUGCUUGUUUAUUGUCGCGCCUUCGAUUCUUGUGCAAAUAAGAUCGUUGUAUCGUUAUUGAAUUAUAGAACUGAAUUUGCCUCUUGCAAAGGAGUGCGGAGUUGGGGUCUGGU